CUUCGUUCUGUUUCCAUUUUCGGGGUGUUCCCAACUCAUCAUAAAGAUCCAUUGCACCGUACUAUAUCGUGCCCAACAAACACAGUUCAACAUAUAAUCGACGCUUCAAUAUCUCAUACCAGCACUGAACCUCUUAAGAUGGCAUCCAAGGGCAUGUGGGAGGUCGAUCCCGAGACUCGGUCCAAGCUGGCCACCCUCCAGAAGGAAUCAAAGAAUAAUGUCUGCUGCGAUUGCAAUGCGCCCUCCCCCCAGUGGGCGUCUCCCAAGUUUGGCAUCUUCAUCUGCCUCUCGUGCGCUGGUGUGCAUCGAGGCCUUGGAGUCCACAUUUCUUUCGUCAGGAGUAUUUCAAUGGACGCCUUCAAGUCGAGCGAAAUCGAACGAAUGCGACUGGGCGGCAACGAGGGAUGGAGGAACUUCUUCGAAGAGCAUGAGCAAACUAAGAUGAUGGGCAUCACAUGGGAAGACUCGACUAUUGCAGAGCGAUACAGUGGUGAAGUCGGUGAGGAGUGGAAGGAGAGACUGAGCUGCAAGGUCGAGGGCCGCGAAUACGUCCCUGGUGCGAAGAAGCCCGUGUCUGCGCCCACGAAACCCGCGUCGCGAACAGGAACUCCCAUGAGUGGUAGCUCGCGCCGCAAUGAGAGUCCUGCAGCGGGGUCAGGAGGCGGAGGCAAGGUCAAGGUGGACGACCAGUAUUUCUCAAGACUCGGAGCCGAUAACGCUGCACGACCGGAUCAUCUGCCACCCAGCCAGGGAGGAAAAUAUGCUGGAUUUGGAAGUACUCCUGCGCCCAAUUCUUCGGACAACGACCUCAACUUUGGUGAUAUACAGAAGGACGCUGUCGCGACUCUGACUAGGGGAUUCGGCUGGUUCACGUCAACAGUCUCAAAGACCGCCAAGACUGUUAAUGAUGGCUACAUUCAGCCCACUGCUAAGCAGUUUGCUGAAGGCGACUUUGCUAAGCAAGCUCAACUGACCGCUUCCGCUUUCGCAAAGCAGGCCCAAGCAGCGGGCAAGAAUGCACAGGAGGGUUUCACCAGAUUUGUGGAAGGUCCUGAGAACCAGAAAAGUCGAGAAGCCCCCCUAGAUGAGAGCAAGAAGAGCUUUUGGGAUGAGUUCUCAAACCUGGCUGAUCAAAGACAACCCGCCAACAACUCAAUCGGCACAAGUGCUAUGGGAAUGGGCAAGAAGAGCACGGCGGCUCCUCCACCAAAGAAGCAGGAUGAUGCAUGGGACGAUUGGUGAGCGGCAGUGUAGUCUUGGCUGUUUCGAAGGAUAAUUUGUUGGCAAUCUAAGGUACCUAGUUGGAGCAUUGGAGUAUAGGCGUGCCUGCUAAAUGAACCAGUCUCUUUACAAAACACUCGACUUCUCUCGGAUCGCUUCAGCGUCCAAACAGAAUUGCCAGUAAACGCUUGCUGCUUCCAAUGCCGAACUACCUGAGUAGUCACCCACAACAACAAAUUCUUGAGUCCCA